AUGGCUAUAUCGAAGAGUGGAUCACAGGCGCCGCACCUGUGUAUUCCAGUCAUCUUGCUAAACAUCUUCGCAAUCCCACUCCUUCCUCUCCCCCUCCCCCUUACCAAUAGUCCUCCAUCAACGUCACUAGCAAAGAAGCUCAUACUAGUCUCUUCUACCUCGCAGGAAUUCUGCUCCGCCUUGAUGAAGUGUGCAUGGUAUAACGUCGAAUCUUGCUUUUAUGAUGAGUUGGAUGAUGAUAUCGAGAGUGUUCCAGCUCUUAUCAGGAGCAAGGAGUGGUACAUUCCAUCAGACGCUUCGAAGAUUGAUCUCGAAUCACACAAUGAGUUGUCGGCCAAAACUCUUGAUGUGUUGCGACAACAACAAAUACCAGAUGAGAUUGUCAUAUCUACAGUGGCGAGUUUAGUUCCAGGUGGUAUGGACUCAAAGCUGGGGGUGAUUGGACUCGGAGACUUAAGAGGCUGA